UUUACUUAUUUUGAAAUACUUCUCCAUGAUACCAAAAUGAAGGAGUUGGGAAUAUUUAUUCUAUUCGUGUGCAUCCACUUGGCGAGUUGCCAUAUGUGUCUGAUGUCGCCAAGGCAACGGGGUGACAUGGACAUCUCCAAGUCUGGCAGCCCGACAUGUACAAGGCACGAAUUACCAUGCGGAGGCCAACCUAUAGAGACACCACGACUGAUGUACGCACCGGGACAAACUGUUUUCUUCCAAUGGCAGCAAAACUUUAACCAUUAUGAGGCCGGUUAUCCAGGUUACAUGGACAUAGGAAUAGCCCCUAAUGAGAACAGUACAGAGUUUACAACGCUGACAGUGGUCACAGACAAGUACGUCCAUUCUCAGGAUUACCAGGAAAACUACACUGCUAUCAUCAAACUCCCAGAGAUGGAAUGUAAUCACUGCGUCAUUAGGGCGCGCUACAACGCCCACAAACCAGGGGAGACAACCUUCCUGCAGUGUGCGGAUAUCCAAAUAUCCAAAACGGCAAAAAAGACUAAAAAUAUGAAAAUCUCUGGAAGCAGAUCUGAUCAGAGAAAACUUUUACCGCUCAAGAGGGCGCUUAAGUUGAAGAGAUUUUAUGAUUCAAAGUACAAAAUUGAAAAAGAAUCAUCUGGAGCUACAUUGUACGGGUUCGCUUACAACCCGUUUGAGCCUCAUAGAAGCCACUACGUUUCUGUUGACACGGUGUCAGGGAAACUUGACAUGCUCCAGAGUUAUGGCUUUGGAAUUGACGAUCCUUCCGGCGGAAGUGACGCAAUAUUCAUUGCUGAUGAAGUCAUCGCGAUCAAUAAUUGGCGGAACAUGUCGACUGUUCUUAUGCAUCCCUUCGGGACCAGAGAAACUGCAGCCAGCGUUCAUUACACAAUUGAUUUUACCAACGGGAGUCUUAUAGAGUACGGUGGUAUAUCUGAUUUUGAUGGACACGCCAUCAAUGGGCUGUCUUGGAACACCGACGGAACGUCUGUCGCCUUCCGGAUACUUCCACCAGACGAGAACGGAUCGUUCAUUUUGGAGGCUGGUAUCCUCUCAAGUUUCAACUACGAGAAGCGGGCGUCCGUCCCAGAGAGCCUGUACGUGAACUUCCAGUGGCUUGAGACAAACAUGGACAACGGCAAGAAGGUCCACGCCCUACUUGGAAACGAGAACGCCCCGGAUGAGCUCAAUGCUCGGAUUUACAACUUCGACAUUUUUAAUGGGGACUACAUAGGCUUCACGGAACUGGAUGUGAGCAGCUAUACAUUCAUGUCCAUGCAUUCCUACAUUGGUUCCGGAAAUACCCUGUAUGCCUUCUCCCCGGGGCUUUGGUUUGAUGAAAGCUGGGCGUGGUCCCUGGUUGCCGUAGACACCGACUCUGGGAACGUCACGAAAGCAUGCGAUAUUGCACCGAAAGGAAUAUUCCAGCGUUUCUAUGGUGGUUCAGUUGUCCAAGGCAACCAAAACCCAGACGGUUUCCUUUACCAUGUUUUGCGCGUGAUGGACAGCGAGGCAGACUUUGUUGUUGCCGUUAACCCCAAAACGUGUGAGGUCCGGUUUUCUGACGUCACCAACCUACGCCAUCUACACUCGCUACAGAGGCCUGUCCCAGCUGCGUAAUAAAGACAAGUGUGCAAUUGUGUUACUGAGUUGAUGUUAGUUAUAUUUUCGUUGCGCUUAUUGUAAUGUACAUACAAGAUAAACACCAUGAUCCAAACCGGAA